GUCGCGGAGGUUAGGGUCCCUACGCGAGACCAAUUAAGGGCCAGCCAGGAGCAUUGGUUCUAGACCCACAAAUAGACCAAGCUUUUCCCUCCUCCGUCACCCUCUUAAAUCCCGAUGAGGUCACUGCGAUGAGAGAGAGUCAGAUCAAGAGAGAGGGGGGGAGGAAGAGGACGAUGAGGGAGAAGAAAUCCAGACGGGAAAAGGCCAUCAGACAAGGUCGCUUUUUCUGGCGACACAGCAACUGCGAGGCGUGUGGUGCUGAAUAGCAUCCACCCGCUCAGCCUGGGGACCAAGGGACUCGCAGAAGCACUCUGUGUGGCCACGAAAACAAAGGAGAGGAGACGAGCGGGAGCAGGAGAGGGAGGCGCGGAGCAGUUCGGCUCUGCAUCUCCGGGAAGCCAAGCGCAUCUCCUUGGCAAGGGAAGGAAGGGGAGCCGGACGGUUGGCAGGAGGAGGAGGGAGCGGGGUUUGCCCCGCGGAGACGCGGGACGCGGCAGAACUCUGGACAGCGCCUCGCGAGCGGGACUCUGAGCCCCAGGCCGGGCCAGCUUCCAGCUGCUCGCUUCUCGGCUCCUCUUCGGAAGCCCUGGGACUCAGUCCCUCUCCGCUCCUGGACUCAGACCCCCGAUCCUCCCAAGAUCCCUGUCUGGACGUGCCAGGGACUGACUGGAGCGGAUCUUUCGCCUCUGGCCGGGUCAGGGAAGAGGGUCUCCGGCUCUGGAAAUCCAGUCCUUGCGGAUAAUGCUUCACUGGUGAAGAAAGAAAAGUUUUGGGGUCUGGUAGGGGGAGGAAGGGGUAAGGAAGAUAGUGGAAGAAAGAAGGUGGAAGGUUGGUUUCCCACUCUGACCUGGAAGGAAUGAUGACCGAGGAAGAAUGUGCACCAGCGGCCAGAUUAUUGGGAGCCUCUUGGUGCUCUCCGUGCUGGAGAUAGGGCUGGGGGUGUCCAGCGUGGCCGUGGGGGCGGUCAGCUUCAGCCUGGCCCUCCGACAGCACAAGCCGCAGCUCGGAGACUCGUCCCCGGUAUGGAGCGGGGUGUGUUUUCUUCUUUGUGGCGUAUGUGGGAUAUUGUGCGCCAAAAAAAAAUCUGGACUUGUCAUGAUUCUCUUCUCCGCCUGCUGCAUCUGUGGACUCAUUGGGGGCAUCCUGAAUGUUCAGUUCCUCCGGGCAGUGACAAAGAAGACCUCUUCCCUCUAUCCUCUGCAUCUCGCCUCCAUGUCUCUUGCCUGCAUUGGGAUUGGGGGCUGCACCCUCUCUUCAUGGCUCACGUGUCGUCUAGCCAGCUAUGAACAGAGGAGGAUGUUCUCAGAAAGGGAGCAUUCGCUGCACCACUCUCACGAGAUGGCCGAGAAAAGAUUGAGGGCUAUUGAAAUAACCGACUUGCCCAGCUGCCCGGUGGUGCCCCCGACACCAGAGUUACCUACAAGGAAAUGACAGACAGCAUGAGCAAUGGCGGACCACAACUGAUAUUCAAUGGAAGAGUAUAGCCGAUGUUUAAAGAACUGAACAUUUUUUAGGAUUUUCAUGAGGCAAGGAAACACCAAAGGACUGGGAGAUAAAACUAAAACAUUUGUUGCAUUUGCUGUUAUCUCUCUUGAACAUCCACUAAAAUUAUUCUUCCUCAGUUUUGCCUCACUUAUGUCUUCAGCUUUUUUUACUGGGUGAAAAACUUUCCAGAAAUGUUCUGGUACAGUAAUUUCAACAUUUUCCAGAUGGCUCUUAAAAAGACUUUUUGAGAAAAAAAACAAGGAAUAGAUAAAACAGAAGGAUUCAUAUUCUAUACAAACACUUUUUGACUAGCAUGAGCGUUAGAUCUGUCAUGAUGUAUUUCAUGUAAGUAAUCCAAAUUGCAACUAUCAAGAAAUAACAAUAACUUACUGAGUUCUUGUUUUGAAAGACGAUGGUUUCAAGAACGCCACAAUUCAAAACCUCAGCAAUGCCUUGUAAAAACAUUGUAAUGAUUUUCAAUUUGAAUAAACUAUAUUUCCUAAUUUAUUUGUAAGUGACAAAAAAACUUAAAGCAUAAAAAGAUUUUUAGAGAAAGAAUACUAAUCUGUAUGAUAUUUUUGCAUUUUUGCACAAGAGCGAAAAAGUUGUAAAUGAAUAUCAUUUAGGGCAAAUAAACAGGUAUUGAUUAUACUGUGUAGAUCGGUCUGCAAGUUCAUGAAGGGGCCUAAGAGUAAACAAGUAUGCAUGUGUAUGUGCAUGUAUAUACUGUGAAUAUCGACAAUAUAUACAGCACAUAUGUAUAGCAUUCGUGAAUGGGAGUAAGUGGUAGAAGAGAAAUUGUGAUCCUGGGCAGGUAUCAUCGAGAUUCUGUCCCCACAGAGGGGCAAAGGCAGUUGUUCAAGGCUUUUCUAUGCCUACAAAAUCACAUAUUUGAAUUUCUACUAAAUUUGCUCAUUUUUAUUCUUUUUAAUACAUCUGGUGUGUGUACAUAUUAUUGUCGCUGGGAUUUAUAGAGUCGACUGAUCUGAACAGUGUAGUAUAAAGAUAAAUUACUGAAUUAUUUGGCUAUUUCACUAUUAUUAUGGUGUUUAUGUAAUAACAAUAGUAAUAUUGAUUUAUAAACAUAACUUUAAAUUACAUACUUCCACAUUCAUAACUACAGACAAAUGGUUAUUCCUGAUAUAUACAUUUUAACCACUUGCAGCCCAAUUAAAUCAUAUGCAAGGAAGAAGAAUUAUUCCCAAAUGAUGAAGUUACAGUGAGCUUUGCUAUAACUGAAUUUAGUGUUUUGUUUGCUUUACAGUUCACAUGGACCAAUAUAGACAAACCAUUUUUAAGAGUGCAUAGAUCCAAAGAACCUGAAAGAGUUCUCUAUAGAAGGAAAUAAAAAGAUAGGCUUGCAUUUGCAUAGCAAGAAUCAAUUCUCCCAUGAUGGAAUGUUAAGAUAGUGACCUAUACAAAAUGUAUAGGCAAGAAAAUAGUACGGUCUUUGAAAAUAUUUGUAAGAACAUAACCUCUGGUAGCACAUAAAGAACUCUGAUAUUUUUAAAUAUGUAACUCUCACUGUACUGUAUAUUUUUAUUUUUCCCCAAAGCUAAUCAAUUUUCAACUCAUUUUUGUGUGUUACUUACUGAACCAUAAGUAAAUCAACACUUUUAAUACCCAGUAUGAGAACAUGUUGUCAUUUAGAUGCAAAAAUACAGCUUUUAAUUGUGCUAAGAAAAAUGAUAAUUCCAGUUAGUGGAAAUCUGAAGGUCUUUUAGUUUUAGAGCAGCAUUAUAAUCACUUACCAUGUUUAAAUGAGCUCAUAAAAAUUUCUGGCUGUAUAUAGUAAAAAAAAAAUAGCUGGACUAUGAUUGUGUGGUGUAGUUUUUGAAGUGUCCCAACUCAUUUGGAUGAUUUCAUUCCCCAGUAGAUUACCGAAGUUGCCAUAAAUGCAACCCCAGAUAGUGAAUCCACAUCAGCACUAUUCAUUGGAUGCCACAAGCAGGCAUGGUCUUUGUUUCUGGAAAUCUAAACUGUACAAUGCCAACAUUUUGUGUGUGUGGUCUUACUGAGUUUAUCUAAAGUUGUAGUUUUGUACUGAAAGAAUAGUCACUGACUCUAAUUUUCGGUGGCAUUUCCUUGUAGGCAUGUUUGCACAACACAGAGUUAUAAUACAUCAGUAAGAUGUUUGAAUGCCUUUGAAAUAAUUCAUGAAAUCACACUUAAAGGACAAAAGUAGGCAUAUCACUGCUUUCACAUAGAGUUAAGAAGAAAUACAAUCAUCACAAUUUUCUAAAUAGUCUACAGUAUAUAUAACCAAGUAUAGCUAUAUCUUUAAAUGUAAGUUAUUUUUACCCAAUAUUUUCAGGACUCGGUUACUUAGAGUGAUAUAUUUGGAGUGUAUAGUCAUUCUUUUUGAGGUAGGUAGGGAAAAUUAGGAAGACAGCAUUGCAGUACCUGAAAAUUUAAUUUUCACAAACACUGAAGUGUGAACUAGAAUAUUUUUAAGUGACGACAUUACAGUUUAGUAGAAGCCUACCCUUGGGAAAAACUAAAGUGACACAAAAAUAGAAAAAUAUACAUGAAACUGGUAUGGUAGUGUGCUGUGGAGACUAGCUACAAAAGAGGCAGCUAUUGUAGCAUGAAAGAACAAAAAUGGACUCAUCCUGUAACUUUUUAAACAUAUAUGUGUAUGUGUGUACACACCUACACACAAAUACAUGCAAUUGUUUGAAAGUGGAACAUGGUAUGAUGACUCUGUUCAUAUGUCUGCAUAA